UCAGCUCUGGAAGAAGAGGCGCAGUGUUUAGCUGUGUGUGCUCGGGAGUGGGUGACUUGUCAUUGCGGCGUGUUUUGUUGUGAAAUGCGUGUGGUGGUCCACCGAGGCAGCUAACCUUCUCAACCCCACCACAAAACAAAACUAAUGUAGCCAGAAGCUGCGAUAGCUUGUCUAUGAAACAGCUAGCACGUAGAACAGAGUAACGCUAGCUAACAUCUACGCUAGCUGAAAUUAAGGAAUCGGGACGUUAAUCGCCGCAGCGAGCAGAGGCAUGAUGCAUCAGGUCGGACUCAGUCCCCCGAUGAUGAUGGGUUUGAGAAGGAAAUCACACCGGUGAGGCAAACAAGCCACUGCAGCUACACCGACUGACACAGCCAUGCCCCGCCUGCCCUCCUGAAUCUCCUCCCUGAUCUUUGCACCCUCCCUUGGUCAAAUCAGAGUCACAACAGCCCAAACAACACCUUGUCAAGUCAGCAUGGCUACACCGUUUUUGUGGAAGCUGUCAUCCCAGAAACUGGGCUUCUUCCUGGUUAGCUUUGGUUUCAUCUGGGGUAUGAUGCUGCUGCAUUUCACCAUCCAGCAGCGAGCCAGCCAUGAGAACAGCGCUGUACUGCGCCAGCAGAUCCUGGACCUCAGCAAGCGCUACAUCAAAGCUCUGGCUGAGGAGAACCAGAGUGUCAUGGAUGGACCCUAUGUGGGCACCAUGACAGCUUAUGACUUGAAGAAGACCCUUGCAGUGCUGCUGGAUAACAUCAUGCUGAGGCUGGGCAAGCUAGAGUCCAAGGUGGAGAACAUCUACAAUGGUUCUGGUGGGAACUUGACCAACGGCACUGGCACUGCAACGCCCAGCGCCACAAACCCGGAGAAAGUUAACGUGGCAGACCUCCUAAAUGGAGCCCAGGAGACGUGUGAGCUGCCGCUUUUGGAUGGUUUCCCUCACUGUGAGAGCAAGCUCAAGUGGAUGAAGGAGAUGUGGCGCUCAGACUCCUGCUAUGCCAACUACGGUGUGGAUGGAUCCACCUGCUCCUUCUUCAUCUACCUCAGCGAGGUGGAGAAUUGGUGUCCUCGCCUGCCCUGGAGGAGAAAGGCCCUGAAUGAAGAAAUGGACAGGAGGGGACAGGCAGAGAUCCGGACCAGUUUUGAGGAGCUUUAUCGGGUGAUGUCACAACGGGAGGAAUUCCGCUGGAUGAUGCUGAGGAUCAAACGCAUGGCUGAGCCAUGGGUCAGCGCCAUCCGCUCACUGGCUGCCAAGCAGAACCUGACCAAGCGUCGGAGGAAGAAGAUCCUGGUGCACUUGGGCCUUCUGACUAAGGAGUCGGGCUUCAAGAUAGCAGAAAAUGCCUUCAGUGGUGGCCCGCUGGGCGAGUUGGUCCAGUGGAGUGAUCUCAUAACCACACUGUACCUGCUGGGCCAUGAAGUGCGCAUCUCUGCCUCUCUGGCUGAGCUCAAAGAGAUCAUGCGUAAGGUUAUGGGGAACAAAUCCAGUUGCCCGACUCAGGGGGAUAAGGUGGUUGAACUCAUCUACAUUGACAUUGUGGGUCUCACCCAGUUCAAGAAGACACUGGGGCCGUCCUGGGUCCACUACCAGUGCAUGUUACGGGUGCUGGAUUCAUUCGGCACGGAGCCAGAGUUCAAUCACGCCCACUAUGCCCAGUCCAAGGGCCACAAGACGCCCUGGGGAAAGUGGAACCUCAACCCACAGCAGUUCAACACCAUGUUCCCUCAUACACCAGACAACAGUUUCCUAGGCUUCGUGGUGGAGCAGCACCUCAAUGCCAGUGACAUCAAGCACAUCGAUGAUAUCAAGAGGCAGAACCAGUCACUAGUCUAUGGCAAGGUUGACAACUUCUGGAAGGACAAGAAGAAAUACCUUGACAUUAUCCACAGCUACAUGGAGGUUCACGGCACCGUGCACGGCACUAGCACUGUGCACCUCCCGAGCUAUGUCAAGAACCAUGGCAUCUUGAGCGGUCGAGACCUGCAGUUCCUCCUCCGGGAAACCAAGUUGUUCGUGGGUCUGUCCUUCCCAUACGAGGGCCCUGCCCCUCUGGAGGCCAUCGCCAACGGCUGCGCAUUCCUCAACCCUAAGUUCAGCCCGCCAAAGAGCAGCAAGAACACUGAUUUCUUCAAGGGCAAACCCACUCUGAGAGAGUUGACUUCCCAACAUCCAUAUGCUGAGGUGUACAUUGGGCAGCCCCAUGUGUGGACAGUGGAUAUCGAGAACCCUGCUGAGGUGGAGAGGGCGAUUCGCUCCAUCCUCAGCCAGAAGAUUGAGCCCUACCUGCCCUAUGAGUUCACCUGUGAGGGGAUGCUGCAGAGAGUCAAUGCCUUCAUCGAGAAGCAGGACUUCUGCCACGGUCAGGUGAUGUGGCCUCCCCUCAGCGCCCUGCAGGUCAAACUGGCUGAGCCGGGACACUCCUGUAAGCAGGUGUGUCAGGAGGAGCAGCUCAUCUGUGAGCCCUCCUUCUUUCAGCACCUCAACAAGGACAAGGACCUGGCCAGGUUUGGUGUUGAGUGUCAGACGGUGGAGUCCAGUGCUGACACGGUGGUCCCGGCCUACAGCGAGGCUCGCCACCACUGCAUCUUCCAGUCAGACCUGCUGCUGUUCAGCUGUGCCGGUGCCAAUCAGUCGCUGCGACGCGUCUGCCCCUGUCGUGACUACAUGAAAGGCCAGGUGGCGCUGUGUAAAGACUGCCUAUAGCGCCCACACAGGCUGACGGGAUGGGGUGGGCUGGGUUUUGGGGGGUUUAGUCAUGGCUGAAAUGGGGGUUAAAAUCAGAGCAGCUUCAUAAGUGUGCGAGUGUGUUGGAGAGAGACACACUCCAGGGCAUCAUCGAACACACACACACCAGACAUUUACUUGUCUGUGUUUGUUCAUCACACUUAUUGUUUCCCUCAGCUGCUGGGAGUGAAGCAGCCACCCUGAACAUCCAUCAACCCCCCGAGUCACCAGCAGAGGCGCUACGAGUCGUGGAAGUGGUGGAAUAUUACUUGAAUCAGCAAAAGGGAGUCGAGUUAGACUUCAGACUGGCAGCACACGUCAGUGACUGGCUGCCUGGUUGUCUCCAGGGCAGCAAGAGACCAAGGAGACUUAAAGACUCCUUUCUCACAGCCCCCAACCCCCACUCCAGCCCCUCCACCCACCUCCCCUGCUCAAAUCUGAAACUGUUGAUUCUUUAGGUAGGUUUGCACUGGACUGCCCUGAAGGCCCACAUCCACUCCACAUACACACACACAGACACCCACAUGGAGAGCCUAACAGAUGGCGGCUAGAGAUGAACCCAGUUUUACACUGUAACCAACUCUUUCCUCUCUUCGGGACAGACAUGACGAGAGUGGACUUGUCCUGUAGAUAUGAAGAUUUCUAUUCUGAAAGCUUGAUCAUUUCCUGACACAUACAACAGUUACAACAGUUUCCAUUCCUCCUUAAAAGACAGGAAGAAGUCCAGCUGUGGAUCAGGUACCGCACGGUCCGUCCCUCGAUUGUCAUAAGUUGCACACUUAUUUUAAAUGGCAGAUGUUUUUUUAAGUUGUAAAUAAGAUUGUGUCACACGUGUGUUUCUACAAAAUGCCAGUAGGGAAACAUAACCCUGUUUUUGUUUGACACCGUCCGGUACGACACACACACACACACACCCAGAGGUGAGGCUCAUUCUCUGUAGCACAGCUGUCGUGUACGACGUCACCUUGCUUCAGGAUGUUGUGACGUUGUGUUGUAGAUGAUAGGCCGUCGUCGUGGUAACACAAGGCUAACAUGUUUUUCCAAAGACUCCACAGCCUGCAGAGAAACAGCAGAACCUUACCCAAAUGUUUGUGUCUUCAUGGAAGCUAAAACCUAGGAGAACAGAUCCACACCGGAGAACAGCUCUGAAUCCUUUCAACGACAGAAAUAUGCCGACGCGGCAAUCCUGCAGCGCAUAAUAUCUGAUCAUUCUCUUUGGAGAAUCAGUAGAAUCCUGAUUUGCCUGCAGAUUUGUGAAAAAAAGAUGAGAAUAAAAUUCAUAGUUCUUGUGGUGAAUGGAAAAAUGCACUACUAUUUGCAGAGGUUUAACAAGAUAUUAGUAACACUGUACAUGGUUCAUAUGGGUUUUGAUGUUUUCUUUUUUUAUUUAUUUUGUAUACAGAUCUUUAUCUCUGUGUUUUGCUGGAAAUCUUUGUUUUUUUAUUUAUAGCAGGGGUGUCUUUCUUUUUUCCUUUUUAUAGAUUCCUAUUUAUGGAGAGAAAUUAAAAAUAAAAAAGGAUGCGUGCUGAUCUUUAAGUGUAUGAACCAGUAGGCAAGGCCUUAUCUGCUUCUGGAAAAAUUAAAGCAGUAGUUUGAAGGAAAAAUAAGAACUCCAUUCAGACCAAAAAGGCUAAAGAUGCAUCAGAUGUUCCAGGGAAACAAAUUUUACACAGAAAAAUGUUUGAGCAAAAAAUUAUAAUGUGUAGAGAAAUGAUCACACCAAGAAUAAUUUAAUUUGAGCAAGUGUUUUAUUCCUAAAAACAUGAAAACCGUGCCACGGGGAUUAAGAAACCUGACAACUAGUUUAAAAUCUUAUCCUCAAAUUUUAGCUGCUGUUUCCGGUUUUCUCUUCGUCCUCUCAUCACUGUCCCUUGAAGACGAACAGUGGCAGACAAAAGUGAAAGCAGGAGCCUCGCACACUUUGUCCUUUGAUUUCCAAUCUGAUUUUCAGUUUGCACAUGUGUAAAUUCAGACUAGAUGGCACUGUUCAGCUAUCAUUCCUCACUGUGUCAGCUCAGACUGUUGUUUUUUUUGUUUUGUUUUGUUUUACUUUUUGAAGCAGGUCAGUGAUCUGCUGCUAAGUUAGUGUUUCAAAGAACAUGAUGUGCCUUUUCUCACUUCAUUUUGCUUCUGCUUCUGUUUGACUGUCAGCAAACUAACCCAGAUUUAUCUCCACUGAUCAGUUGUCAUCUUUUUUUUUCCUGCAGAUCAGUUUUGUUGUUCAGAUUCUUUAAAUACUUUGAAUUUCAAAUAUUUUAUUUUCUUAUUUAUUUGAAUACAGAUGUGUACCUUCUGUAAUGCUAAACGUGAUCAGUCCAGUCCUUCUAUUUACCUCACCGAUCGGCCGUUCACUGCUAGUCAGGAUUUCUGCCUUAGAAAGGAUCAUACCAGUGCUAAUGUUUCCCAUGUACUUAUCAUUGAAUUGACAUUUUAUAGCAAUCUGAUGACCCAAGUGUUUUGAUUUCAGACUGUAUGAACUGCUGUUUUGGAGUAAUCAGUAAUCAUGCAACAUGUACUAUCAAAGCUUUAUUUUGUUUAAACAUUAAACUGAUUACUCACAGGAAGCUGUUGAUGUCACACAUAUAUAAGUAAGCUUAGACUGCACAAAGGUUUAAGCAAUGACACCGGUGUUGUCGUUUCAUUUCUAAGAAGCGACCUAAACAUCAGCAGUGGUUCUUGGCUGCAGCGAGCAGCUGUCAGGUGGUCAGUUAAACCUGUUUUAUUCCAGUUAAAGACUUUGUCUGGUUUACUCAAAAUAUCAAGUGUUUGGUUCCAAGAGAAAACUCAGUGUGUUCCUGAAAAUAGGAUCACUGAUCAGCAUAGGUUCACAUAUUUGUCUUUGUUAACAUCAGCAUCGAAUGUCUCCGUAGUAAAAAGAAAAACAAAAACACACAUACAGUGGCUUAUAAUACAGUCAUAUAUCAAUCUUUGUGUUUCAAUCGACGUUGUUUGAAGCUGUCAGUUAGCAUCCGGUGUGUGAAACACCAGAGUUGUGACGACUGUGGUCCAAGGUGAAUAAUGAAUUGAUUUUUGUUUUCACAGUCUUUGACCAGUAAGAGGGAUAUGACUUUAUUUUUAAAUAAACAUUUUUUUCUGUGA